CCCCUCACAACCGAAGCCAAGUCGUCCUUAUAACACAAGCCGAUCGACCCCCAGUUGUCACAACGCCCUCCAUGCACUUCUCCUUCACUCUCUCCCGCCUCUUGGUUUCAUUACUUCUAAUAACACCAUGAAUUCCGUCAACCAAACCAGCACCGCCCUCACCCUCUCCGAUGGCCGGAGUGCCUCCACCGGUAACCUCGGGUUCCUCUGGCUGUUGCCGGUGGAGAUCCAAGUCCUGGAGCUGCUCCUCGCCAUAUCCAUCUUCGUAACGAUGCAUGCGUUGCGACGACGCAAGCGGGAGGGCCUCACCGUAUGGCCCGUCGUCGGCAUGCUGCCAUCGCUCAUCUUCGCUCUCCGCCACGACAUGUACGAGUGGAUAACCAGCCUGAUCGAGCGCCGCGGCGGCACGUUCAUCUUCCGUGGCCCCUGGUUCACCAACCUCCAGUGCGUCGUCACCGCCGACCCCCGCAACCUGGAGCACCUUCUCAAGACCAAGUUCUCCAACUUCCCCAAGGGCGGCUACUUCCGGGGCACCGUCCGCGACCUCCUCGGCGACGGCAUCUUCAGCGCCGACGACGAGGUCUGGCGCCGCCAGAGGAAGAUCGCAAGCCUCGAAUUCCACUCCGCCGAGUUCCGCCACAUGACCGUCGAAUCCCUCUACGAACUCGUACAUUCGAGACUCCUUCCGGUGCUCGAAUCCGCCCACCACGACCGCAAGCCCAUCGACCUCCAGGACGUGCUCCUGAGGCUGACCUUCGACAACGUGUGCAUGAUCGCCUUCGGCAUCGACCCGGGCUGCCUCCGCCCGGGCCUUCCCGAGAUUCCCUUCGCUCGCGCCUUCGAGGACGCCACGGAGGCGACCAUCAACCGAUUCAUCACGCCCACCGCCAUAUGGAAGGCGCUGCGCUACUUGGACCUCGGCAACGAGAGGAGGCUGAAGAGGUCCUUGAAGCGCGUCGACGAGUUCGCCUACGAGGUUAUUCGGACGAGGAAGAAGGAGCUCUCGCUGGAGUCCGGCGACGACAAGAAGGCGGCGAGGUCCGACCUAUUGACCGUCUUCAUGAGGCUCAAGGACGACGACGGCACCGCGUUCUCCGACGGCUUCCUCAGGGAUGUGUGCAUCAAUUUUAUACUGGCCGGGAGGGACACCUCGUCGGUGGCGCUGGCGUGGUUCUUCUGGCUCUUGAACCGCCACACGGAGGUGGAGGACCGGAUUCUCGGGGAGAUUACAAAGAUUCUGGAGGAGAGAGGAUGUAACAGCGAGGGGGAAUCAGGAGACAAGGAUUUGGUGUUCAAGCCGGAGGAGGUGAAGAGGAUGGAGUAUCUACAGGCGGCUCUGUCGGAGGCUCUACGGCUCUACCCGUCGGUGCCGGUGGAUCACAAGGAGGUCGUGGAAGAUGAUGUAUUUCCUGAUGGUACUGUACUGAAGAAAGGAACGAAGGUUAUAUAUGCCAUGUAUUCUAUGGGGAGAAUGGAGAGCAUAUGGGGGAAGGACUGCAGGGACUACAAGCCAGAGAGGUGGCUCAGGGAUGGCCGCUUCAUGAGCGAGUCUGCGUACAAAUUUACUGCCUUCAAUGGCGGACCGAGGCUGUGCCUGGGGAAGGACUUUGCAUACUAUCAGAUGAAGUUUGUCGCAGCUUCCAUCCUCUAUCGAUAUCAUGUGAAGGUGGUCAAGAGCCACCCGGUGGUCCCCAAGCUGGCGCUAACCAUCUACAUGAAGUAUGGAUUGAAGGUCACUUUCUCCGGGAGGAAUGGAGCCAAGCUAGUCAAAUAGUAAAUAAAUAAGCCAAAGCUUGAAGGUUUAAAUAAGAAAGCCAUAUUAAGGUUCUGCUUUGAAUGGCUUUUAAGAUAUAUAUGGGUACUGCAUUAGUAGGAUGGAUGAUGUCAUCACAUAGGAAAAGCUUCCUAGUGAGGGUAUUUUUUUUUUUUUCUCUUCUCUCUUUCUGUAUUAAUUUUUCUUUUUGUUUCUUGUUUGGUGUGAUGAAACUGAUAUCAUCAGGUGUUUGCAUACGGUAAGGCUUUUGUUUCAGUA